GGCGAGAGAGGCCUCUGUAAGGGCAGACUGAUUUAACACCCAAACCCGCUGCGGCCAGCAAAGGCAGUGGUAGCGGCGCGGCUGGGAGCAUGGAGGGCGGCAGCGCUGGCAGCGCUGGCAGCGCUGGCAGCGACAGCAGCCCCAGCGGGAGUGGCGGGGCACAGCAAAGGGAGCUGGAACGCAUGGCCGAGGUCCUGGUCACCGGGGAGCAGCUACGGCUCAGGCUGCAUGAAGAGAAGGUCAUUAAAGACAGGCGACAUCACCUCAAAACCUACCCAAACUGUUUUGUGGCCAAAGAACUGAUUGACUGGCUGAUUGAGCACAAAGAGGCUUCUGACAGAGAGACGGCGAUUAAACUCAUGCAGAAAUUGGCAGACCGGGGCAUCAUUCACCACGUGUGUGACGAGCACAAGGAAUUCAAGGAUGUCAAACUCUUCUACCGCUUUAGAAAGGAUGACGGCACCUUCCCACUGGACAACGAGGUGAAGGCCUUCAUGAGAGGACAGAGGCUGUACGAGAAGCUGAUGAGCCCUGAAAACACACUCCUGCAGCCUCGGGAAGAGGAAGGGGUCAAGUAUGAGCGCACCUUCAUGGCCUCUGAAUUCUUGGAUUGGCUGGUUCAGGAAGGGGAGGCCACCACAAGGAAAGAGGCAGAGCAGCUGUGCCACCGGCUUAUGGAAUAUGGCAUCAUACAGCAUGUGUCCAACAAGCACCCGUUCGUGGACAGCAAUCUUCUCUACCAGUUCCGAAUGAACUUCCGGCGGCGGCGGAGGCUCAUGGAGCUGCUCAAUGAGAAGUCCCCGUCCCAGGAAACGCAUGACAGUCCCUUCUGCCUGAGGAAGCAGAGCCACGACAAUCGGAAGUCUACCAGUUUUAUGUCAGUCAGCCCCAGCAAGGAGAUCAAGAUCGUGUCUGCGGUGAGGAGGAGCAGCAUGAGCAGCUGUGGCAGCAGUGGCUACUUCAGCAGCAGCCCCACGCUCAGCAGCAGCCCCCCUGUGCUCUGCAACCCCAAGUCUGUGUUAAAGAGACCCGUCACUUCUGAGGAACUCCUGACUCCCGGAGCCCCGUAUGCAAGGAAGACGUUCACGAUCGUGGGUGACGCUGUCGGCUGGGGCUUCGUGGUGCGAGGAAGCAAGCCGUGCCACAUCCAGGCCGUGGACCCCAGUGGCCCCGCAGCCGCGGCAGGAAUGAAGGUCUGCCAGUUCGUGGUCUCUGUCAACGGGCUCAACGUGCUGCACGUAGACUACCGGACCGUGAGCAACCUGAUUCUGACGGGCCCGCGGACCAUCGUCAUGGAGGUCAUGGAGGAGUUGGAGUGCUGAGCGGGGGGCGGGCCCCUCUGGUGGCCUGCAGACGAGCCAUGCCAAAACAACACAGAGCAAUGCAAGGACGAGACUUCCGUGCCCACGGGUGGCUUUGGACACACAGAUCUUUUCUCCGUGUACACACAUCCUCAUUCGAGUUCCAUACACUGUUUGAAUGUGGAAGGAAUGGGUAAUGCACCUUAAAAACAACAGCUCGUGUCAGUGUAGAACAUAUUUGAGGCGCAGAAUUUUCUGAUUAGGUAGAAUCGCUCUUCAUAGUUCUCAUCCAUUGUUUUUAUCUUAGUUUUGCAGAAAGUGGUUGAAAUGCUUCUCUAGGCAAAACAGCUACAUGCUAAAAUCCCCUUUGUAGGGGGUCAAUAGCAUAGUUUUUACAGACUCUAAAGUGUAGCCUCACCAAAAUGAGCUUGGAAGUGCUUGUUAGAGAACCUAGAUUCCACUGAGCUUCACAUUAAAGCAACAAAGGAGUGAUGUCUGCAAAUUAGCAUUUUGAAGGAGGUUCUAAAGCAUUCGAGUGCUUAAAAGCCAUCAAAAAGUGGCUUUUUCUUAAUUCCUGCCUUUAGUAUCAACUUUUAACUUGACAUAUGUUUUCAGCAUACGUUGACAAACAAAAGCGAUGAGAUGGUAUGGGUGGGUAGAUAAGGAGAUGCCGCUUAAAACUGUUUUCUGUUUUCUCUGUCUGAGCCUAAAGCAUUUUGUUCUGUCCGCUACCGCAGCCUUCUAGAGUUAAUGCUGAGUGUGUUGAGUGUCAAAACAGAGAGGUUUGUAUAUACACAUAUGAUCCGGAAUCAAGCCUCUGGCAAGAUUUCACUCUGAGGUUGUCCCUUUUUAAGUGAAGUAUCCUAGAACUUGGCCCAUAUGUGAUGAAAACUUGAAACUAAAUUGCCUACUUGGCCUGCAUUUCUACUAGCUUUCGAGUAUAGCAUAUUCUAAGGACAUGACAUGCUGCUCAUUUGGCGAGGUUACUAUGUUUUGCCAUGUAUAAUAUGACUUUUAGCUCAGUUUUUUGAGGGAAGAAUAAAGAUGAGCUUAUACAUGGGCAUAAUGAUUGCAGAGCACGGGCCUAACAAUCCCGUGUAUAAUGCGCACAGAACCGUGGGGGCGCGUUUUACAUGGGGGCACAUUUUGCACCACCAAGUGCGGUAUUUUUCACCAAAAGCAAGUCCUGUGUGUUGUGACUUUUCAGCUCACUUGCAUAUAUAUGCAUGUUUCCUUCUUUCUCAUUAUUAUUAUUUUGACCUAGGAAAGAAUGCAUCUUGGGGCUUGGUGUAUAGAGGAAAUUCCUCAAAGUGCCAAAUGAGGGAGUCAGGGAAUACUGAAUUCUUUUUCAUUUCAUAUAGUGAGCUCUGAAUGAUGAAGUUACUUUCUUAUUAUGUGUUAGCAAAAUAAAACAUGAAUGAUGUACCUCAGCCAUUUCUUCGUGAGAGGCUAUCAUGAUGUAUUGGUACUGGUGGAACCCACACACCAUGCGGAGGGCGGUGCUGCUGUGUUUGUGCAGUCCAACUUUUCUGACCUGUAGCUGUAGUCAGAGAGUGGGAUUUUGAAGUCAGAUACAAUGGCCAAUGUUAAUAUUGUCGAUGUGCAUUUGAGAAACAUCAUCAUCUCCAUCCAUAUUAUUGUAUGUGCGUUUAUACUGUAUGCCAGUCUCUGUGCUACAGAUCUUAACAAAUAUGAUGUCUCUUAGUUCUCAUCACAACCCUGCAAGGUAGGUAUCAUCAUCCUCACUUUUCGGAUGUGGAAGCUAAGUCCGAGCAAGUUUAAAGUGGUCUCUAAGAUCACCCAGCUGCAGAAAGUGUGAAGUGAUAGGAGCCUGGAUACCGACAUGGACUUCCGUCCUGUUCAAGCCCGUGUCACCCCCACCCCUAGCCUUUCCCCCUUUGGGGACCUUCUGUUGAAGGUUUAGUCUGUACCACGUGCUGUGCUAAAAACUAUUCAUUACUUAUUCUUAUUGACUGGUGAGGUCAAGAUCAUUACCCUCAUUUUACAGCUGAGGAAAUCGACUCGUGAAGAGGUUAGUUAGUCUUAUGCCCAAGGCCCACACAACCAAUAAGCAGGAGGCCUUACCAUUCCACUUGAAAAUAUUUUUAUAAUGUCUUUCAGAGAUGAGUCUUAAAUGGUUUCUGUGCCCCGGUGUCCAAAGGCCUUUCGAGAAAUGGCAUCUUCCUGUGUAGCUACUUGUACACUUUACUCACGCCCUGAAGCCCGUCAUUGUGGACCCUGGCAUAAUAUCACCUCCCUUUAGCCAACCUAAGCCCCAGAGAAGUGAGUUUCUGGCUUUAUUUACCCCCCACAGCCACCUGCCUGUGAAAUCUAUUUGAUUGGGAGCGUCCUUGAUGUCUUUGGUCCUGUGAAUCAGAAGGUUAAGGGAGGGAGGGAGGGACGGUUUCCUACAUCGGCUCUCAUCGCUCUUGGUUUAAAGGCCAAAUGCUAGACAAUUCUAUGUAAGGCCAAGAGAGCUUCACUUUUGCUCCCCCUGCAGCCCACCUGUGACCUCCUCACACUGUAAUAGGAAGGAAUGCUCCCCCUCCUCCAGGGGGCCUAUCUAGCACCCUCCAGCCUUUGCACAUGCGGUGUCUCUUCCCUGGCAUACCCUUCCUUCUCUGUCUUUGCCUGGAAAAGCCUCUCUCAUUAACUCACAAAUCUCGCUGCGUCCAGAGCCUGGGCCAAACCCCAGUCUCCUGCUCCCCAGCCUACGUCCUUUCCAGUCCAGUGUCCUCCAGCGGAGAGAAAUUUUGGUGCACACGGGCCUUUGGCUUUGGGGCACUUACAAAUGCAGAUGGCCCCAGGUACCUGUGCAGGAGGAGGGUGUAUACAUUUUAAUGGACUCAGGUUGUUAAAUCAUAUCAUUAAAAAAUAAGUGUUUUGUGUGGUAUGUUGACAGUAGAACUGCUUUAACAUUUAGAAACUCCAUUCCUAAACAUAACACCAAGAAUUAUUCUAAAUUAACAGUGAGCAGUAUUUCUAAGAACUUCUGUUUCAAUAUGGGCGGGCAUCUGUGUGCAGCAGUAUGUUGUGCGUGAGGUUUCGCACACUGAGAAUCCCUUGAAAUGGCUUCUUUGCUCCCAGAGAACUUUUGGUUUUUCGGGUGUCGGUGUCAUGCGUUUUUGUGCUUUUGUGAUGGAGAUGGAAGUAGUGUUUUUGUUUCUUCACUGGCGUGGUAUGCGCCAUCAGUGCAAAUCCGAAAGCCAUGUUUGUUAAUGCUGUUAUAUGUGAAGAGGAAAAUGCGGUUGCCUUUUGGAUUGAUCCUAUCAUGUGAUGUUUUAUUUUUCAUCUCUAUUAAAUAAUUAUAUAAAUUGACCGGGGAGCUAGUUGGCAAGUGAUGGGGAGCAUGAAAAAGAUACCCAUAUCUGAGCAGAUUAGAUGUGAUCAACUUCACGCCAGCUCAAAGGUGAAUGUGUCGGAGUGGUAGCAAUGAAUAAUUCAAAAAUCGUAGCUUUCAGUUCAAAGUGGAGUCUCAUGUUUUCAGAUACUCAAGCCCUACUUAGGGGGCCGACAGUAACUAUUCUCCCCUGUCGAGUAUUAAUCCCAUUUUAUUUUGUUCAUAAAUGAUCAGUUUUGCUAAUUAGUUGGAGUCUACUCUAUCACUGACUAUGGAUUUACUCACUGAAGGCAGAACUUCACGUGGAAUAUCAGUUCAGUACCAAAAGGACCAAUGUGCAGUGUGCCAAGAUGAAGGUCAUCGUCAAAGUUAGCAUCCGCUGUUGUCAGAUGCAUUAAUAUAUAUAUAUACUUAAUAUAUGUUUAUUUUUAAAUUAGAUGGAAAUUUAUGUUCUCCCUUUAUUAAAAAUUGUAGCAUACUACUUAAAAUUAUAAGGUAAAAAUAGAUAGUAUAGCAUGAAAUAAAUGCUAAAUUUUUAAAGCAGUGACCUUAGGGUUUCGGUUUUCCUGUCUUUCAGAACAAAUUUGCUAUUUUUUAUUCUAAGAAAGGGUUGCGUUCUAAAGCUGAUCUACUACUAACCUAUCAGAUGAGAACACAGGGGACUCAGCUCCAAUCCUCUAAUGUAGCCAAAAGUGCCAUUUGUAAAACUACUUAAUGAUGGAUGUUUUCUGAAGCUCUUUUGCCAGGGGGGUGGGGGGGAGUGCAUUAAAAAGCUUUUUCUGUACUGUAUUUGAGUUGGAAUCAUUUUGUCCCUACACAGCCUAGAAUGGACGAGUGUUGUGAAAUAGUCCAUACGGAGAUUGCUGGAUGGUGUUUUACUGCUCUGGGGGCAUGUCAGUAUUUUUACUUCCAACUAAUUAGGAAAUCAGUAUACAAUCCAGUGUGUAGAGCGCCAGGGAGAGUCUGGGGGUGAGUGGUUGUUUGGACUACACUCAACAUUAACCAAAAGAACUUGACUUUGUUUCACAUCUAUUCAUGUAUUUAUUUAUUCAAGAAACCUCACUGAGGAUUUGCGUUUUGCUGGACACUGCACGCAGGCCUUGGGAAUAAUACAAAGCUAAGGAGAUGUAACCCUGGAUCCAGCUUAUUCUCCAAGCAUGGCCUUUGGCCCUGGCUGGUGUGGUUCAGUUGGUUGGAGAGUCAUCCCCCAUACACCAAUAGGUUGCAGGUUUGAUCCUGGUCAGGGAACCUAUAAUUCUCUCCACACAGAGGGAGGAAUAUGAAAUAAUGGUAUUGACGCAGGUGGUUUAAUGCCAGAAAUUCCCCAAGAACCAGAACACUGACAACAACUGACAUUUAGUUGUAUUCCCCUUUCCAGUCUUCCCCCACUUACCCCAACCCAAGGUAGCCACAUUGGUGAAUGUUGAGUUGACCAUUUUCUCAUUCUUUUUGCUCUUGAUAUUUGUUUACAUUUAAAAAAAAUAAACAUUUUAAAAAUAGCAUCAAAUUUUAAGUAGUUUUCUGGGACUGGCUUGUUUUAAUUCAGGAUCAUUUUACUAAGAUUCUUCUAGAUUUUUAGUACGGUUGUAAUUAAUUCAUUUUUCAAGGGUUCGAAAAUUUCUACAGUACACAUUAUUUGUCUGUUGUCUUGUCACUAGACAUGUGGGUUAGUUCCAUUGCCAAGGUCACAACUAACCAGUUUUCAAAGUGCUUGAACCAAGGUACCCUCCCAUCUGAAAUAUAAAAGUGAUGUGUUGAUCAAUAUCUUAGCCAGUGCAUGAUGUUGUGAGACUUCUUAAUUUUUGUCCAAUAAAUGUCUACUUGGUCAAUGA